AUGGACUCGAAGCACGAUGGGGACGCAAGCUACGAGAACUCAGCGUUGGAAUGUGUCCACGCUAUUGUGUACGUGGACGGGAGUCCACAAAGGCGCCAAUACAUUGAGGUCGCGAGUCCACCUCGCGACGCGUCGUCGAUUACGAGCCUUCCAGGACUCUCCUGGAAGCAUUUUCUACGUGACCUCAAGGGAGGCACGGUGGAACAAGUAUGUCUGGUCACCAACGAGGUGACCUAUCAGCCGAAUGAGGAGCGAAUGACGCGCCCUCGAAGCGCUGAGCAAAAGUCAGCGCGCGAAGAAAGAUUUGCGUCGCAAUCUUGGGAGGCUCUGCGCGAGUCUGGUAAUCCUGUUUACGACAUUGCACGAGAGUACGCCGACGUGUUUCCGGACAAGAUUCCGGCCGAACUCCCUGCCGAUCGUGGCGUGCGGCACGAGAUUGAUCUCGUGCCAGGAUCGAAAUAUUGUGUGACACGCCAGUGGCCGUGCCUCGAGACCAAGUCGAGGCUAUUGAUGCAUUCUUCGAAGGUCGUCGCAAGGCCGGUCAUGUGCGUGAGAGUUUCUCACCCCAUUCGAGCCCAACCUUCUGCGUGA